AUGUGCUCGUACUGCUCCAAUAUUUAUUUAAUUCUUAAGCAAGUAAACGAUUUGAGUAGAGUAGAAAAUAGAUCAUUUGCUACAGUAGGUUUCAAUUUCAUGUGCUCGAUCGGCUUGACUAUUUCAAAGAUUAUUAUUCUAACAAUUAGUGCGGAAAAAAUUACAAGAAACAGCAAAGGAUUCAUAAAAAUUAUUUUGGACGUUCCCAAUGAAUUUUACAACACCAGCUUGAAGAGAUUGUUGACACAAAUCCAGUUCAAUCCCGCAACUUUAACCGGUGGAAACAUGUUCAAAAUCACCAAAUCCUCUCUAAUGCACAUUACAGCAUCAGUAAUAACGUAUGAUGUAGUGUUGAACGAAUUCAGCGAAUAA